AUGCCCAAACACAAUCCACCUCUCUUCAUUAAAGAUAAUUCUCAACUUGCCGCACACAAGUACAUUGCCAAGGAACAUGAUCCGAACUAUUCUUAUGACAAUUAUUACGAUUAUUAUGAUUAUUAUGAUUAUUAUGAUGAUGAUUGGUAUUAUGAUGAUUAUGAAGACGACAAUGAUGAAAUUGUCAAAAAUAUUUAUAAUUGGCGAUGUUUAAAUAAGAAAUGUAAUGAUUUUCAAGUGGAGGAAGAAAAUUAUCCAUUUUAUCAUUCACAAUUGAAUAAGAUGUAUUCUCAAAAUAGAAAUAUUUCAAUGCUGAAUACUCAAUUGAGUGAUACGAGAAGUUUGUUGGCUAUUUUCCCAAAGAGAAUUUGUUCAAAGGCUAAAACAUUUCAAUACUUGUUCAUGUAUGAGAUUAAGUGGAUGUUAAUUGAUUGGGAGAGGAAGAAAAUGAGAAUUAUUUCACCAUUGACUUAUCCCAUAUAUAGAGAUGAAUUGGAAGUUUCACUUUCAUUCAAACUUUGUAGAAGAACGAGUUGGAAUUCUCAAUUAGUUUUCCCUUUUGAAAUGAAUGGAGGAUUCAGUGAUGGAGUUUUAUUUAAUUGUGGACAACAGACACAGCUUACUAAUGAGGAAAUUAAUAAUUAUUCACCAUCUGCAAUUUAUCUGGGUUCGAUCAAAUGGAGAAAUUAUUGUUUCAGAAACAGGUAG